UUUUGUCUCCUCCUCCGAAAGAGAGAGAAUCAAUCAGAUCAUAUUGAAGAGAUAGAGAUAGAGAGAGAAAAUGUCCGGUGCGGCUGCUAUUCACGCGAGUUCAUGGGCCGCGGCUCUGGUGAGAAUCUCUCCGUACACUUUCUCCGCCAUCGGAAUCGCCAUCUCCAUCGGCGUCUCCGUUCUCGGCGCUGCCUGGGGAAUUUACAUUACCGGAAGUAGUUUAAUCGGUGCCGCCAUUGAAGCUCCUCGUAUCACUUCCAAGAAUCUCAUCAGUGUAAUCUUCUGUGAAGCUGUGGCUAUAUACGGAGUUAUUGUUGCGAUUAUACUACAGACGAAGUUGGAGAGUGUGCCAUCGUCGAAGAUGUAUGAUGCAGAGUCUCUAAGAGCUGGUUAUGCAAUCUUUGCUUCUGGAAUCAUUGUUGGAUUUGCUAACCUUGUAUGCGGGUUAUGUGUAGGAAUCAUUGGGAGCAGUUGCGCGUUAUCUGAUGCUCAGAACUCGACGCUCUUUGUAAAGAUUCUUGUGAUUGAGAUCUUUGGGAGUGCUCUCGGGCUAUUUGGAGUUAUCGUCGGGAUCAUUAUGUCAGCUCAAGCUACAUGGCCUACAAAGUAGAUAUAUAAACUGGUAUUUGUGGAAUUGUACUCUAUACCGGUUACGAUGUAUCUUUCGAAAUCCUGGAAGAAUUACACAUAUUUUGUUUUAUCUUCUUGGCUGUUAUAGUCUCUUGUGUAGAAGAAAAUCUUGUUUCUAUUUGAAAUCCCUAUUUUUUGGUAAUGUUCAAACUUGGGAAUAAGUCACUUGGAGAAACCUCUUCAUGUUUGUAUUCUUUGGUUCUUUUGUGACAAAAUGAUAAGAGUUUAUAUAUGUUUUCUUGUUGA